CUUUUACUCUUCCUCAAGGAACCGAAACCCUGAGGACGACUGAGUCGAUCGAUCGAGAGUGAGAGAGAGAGAUGGAAGCGCAGGAAGGAAAGCAGCAGCCACAAUUGGUUCUAGCUCAUAAACUCUUCCUUUUGAGGCAACCGGAUGUGCCGGACAUUGAGAAGGUCAGGCUGAGGGAGGAGGUUCUUGCUUCUGUUAAAGCCGACGAUAUGGCUCUACUCUUUGAAACCCUAGCAGCCGAUAAUGUAUUGGAGAUGGAUCAGGCUGUUCUACAAUCAAUGCGUUCGAAGAUCGACGAGGAGCUCAAGAAGCUUGAUGAGAAAAUUGCAGAUGCUGAAGAGAACCUCGGUGAAAGUGAAGUCCGAGAAGCCCAUCUUGCAAAAUCAUUGCUAUAUAUUCGAAUCAGUGACAAGGAAAAGGCCUUGGAGCAACUUAAGGUCACUGAAAGCAAGACAGUGGCCAUUGGCCAAAAGAUGGACUUGGUUUUUUAUACACUUCUGCUUGGUUUUUUCUACAUGGACUUUGAUCUCAUAGCCAAAAGUUUGGAUAAGGCGAAGAAAUUGUUUGAGGAAGGUGGUGACUGGGAAAGGAAAAACCGUUUGAAAGUAUAUGAAGGUUUGUACUGUAUGUCCACAAGAAACUUCAAGAAAGCUGCUGACUUGUUCCUAGAUUCCAUAUCAACAUUCACGACUUAUGAGAUUUUUCCUUAUGACACCUUCAUAUUCUACACUGUCCUUACGAGCAUCAUAACACUGGACAGAGUUUCUUUGAAGCAAAAGGUGGUGGAUGCGCCUGAGAUAUUGACAGUUAUAAAGAAAGUCCCCCAUCUAUCUGAGUUUCUGAACUCUUUAUAUGAAUGCCAAUACAAAUCUUUCUACUCAGCAUUUGCUGGGUUGACGGAGCAAAUUAAAUUGGAUCGUUAUUUGCAUCCCCAUUUCCGGUUUUAUAUGAGGGAGAUUCGGACUGUAGUUUAUUCACAGUUUUUGGAAUCUUAUAAGAGUGUUACCAUGGAAGCCAUGGCAACUGCUUUUGGAGUUACUGUGGAUUUUAUUGAUAUGGAAUUGUCACGUUUCAUCGCCGCGGGGAAACUUCAUUGCAAGAUUGAUAAAGUCGCUGGUGUACUAGAAACAAACAGGCCAGAUGCCAAGAAUGCUCUAUAUCAGUCGACUAUCAAGCAAGGUGACUUUUUAUUGAAUAGAAUCCAGAAGCUGUCUCGGGUUAUAGAUUUGUGAGACAAGAUCAACUUUGAAAGCCCUGUAAGGAACAAGCUGGCUGAUUUGAUCUUUUCCUAAACAUUGUUAAGAGUCAUGAAUGCUAGGUUAUACUUGGGCAAAGUGUAUUUUCUUG